ACGUAUCAUCAUUCCCAAGGUCGGUUGAAACAGGGCCAGUUGGAGUUCCGAGAACUUCCGACGGACGGCAUUCCCCUCCGUGGAGUCAGGCUGGGAUGACAUCAUCAUCUUCUCCCCAGAACCACUGCCCACCACACCAUCACACCCCGUCACCGGGAGACGGGGUGUGCACGAGGAGCCCGAGACAGAGACAGCGAGUGAGAGAGAGAGAGAGAGAGAGAGAGAGAGAGAGAGAGAGAGAGAGAGAGAGAGAGAGAGAGAGAGAGAGAGAGAGAGAGAGAGAGAGAGAGAGAGAGAGAGAGAGAGAGAGAGAGAGAGAGAGAGAGAGAGAGAGAGAGAGAGAGAGAGAGAGAGAGAGAGAGAGAGAGAGAGAGAGAGAGAGAGAGAGACUGGUCCGAGUAAACAGGCUGUGUUGAAGAACCAAUCGGAGAGCGUCAGACACCAACCCUCCACCGGGGAGCGCUCCGCCCGUUUGUUUCGCGCGCGCGGAGGGCGUUCAUCUGCGCGUGGUUCUUCCAGCGGACGCACGAGCCGAGGAGCAGGAUGCCACCAGCGACCCCGCAUCUCAAAUCCCCCCGUUGUUAUUAGUCUGACGGCGCGGAACAACACAGAUCCACUCGGAGCCUUCGCUAAUACAGGACCGUCGGAAAGACGAUGAGCGUCCGCCCGGCUGCCCAGGACGGGGAGGCUGCAGGCCCGGGGAGGAAGUGUGACAGCGGCGCGGCGGCUGGAUCCCCGCGGCACCAGCAGCAGCAGCCACCCAACCUCCGCACCAAGGAUGCCCGCUUCCAGCACCAGCAACAACAGAGGCACCACCACGGAGGGCCGCAGCUCCGGCAGCCGUCCUCCGCACACUCCGAGCCGGCCGACACAGUGCGCCGGGCGCUGGACUUCAAGACGCAGGGCACCCAAUGCUACAAGGACAAGAAGUACCGGGAGGCCAUCGGGAAGUACCACCGCGCUCUGCUGGAGAUGAAGGGUCUGUGUCGCGUGCUGGGAGACCCGGACACUGGCUCUGCUGGGACCGGGUCCAGCACCCCCAAGUCCCCGCCUUCGCUCCUCCUGACGAGCCACGGUAAGUCCAGCCCGCUGACGGAGGAGCAGGAGGGGGCCGUGGAGAACGCGGAGCUCGAGUGCUACAACAGCCUGGCGGCCUGCCUGCUGCAGAUGGAGCUGGUCAACUACGAGCGAGUGAAGGAGUACUGUCUCAAGGUGCUCCGGAAGGAGGGGGAGAACUUCAAGGCCCUGUACCGCUCCGGCGUGGCCUAUUACCACCUGGGGGACUUCCAGAAGGCCCUGCACUACCUCAAGGAGUCCCACAAACAGGAGCCGUCCGACACCAACGUCAUCCGAUACAUCCAGCUGACGGAGCUGAAGAUCCGACGCACCGCCCAGCGGGACAAGAAGGAGGCGGCAUGAACCCCGGUUUGCCUAAGAAACCGCACCACCCUCCCCCCAAACCCCCAAACCCCCAAACCCCAACCCCAUCCACCGACCCACCCCAACCGAGACCCUCACCAAACCCCAUCACCCUCACCCAACCCCAUCACCCCACCUAACCCCAUCCCCCCCAACCACCAACCAGGCCCAACCACCAACCACCAACCCGGCCCACACCUCCCAACUGUGACCACCCAGACCUUACACGCACCGCGCCGUCGGUGUAGCUACAAAGAUGCAUCUGACCUUUUAUUCAGACGACCCCCCGUCGCUUUCCGACCUCACCCGGGCGUUUGUCUCUCACCUCGCUCGAGCUACACGCCAACCCUUUUCCCUCGAGGGUGUUGUGAAUAUCGUUUAACCCCCGUAACCCUCUCGCAGUAGUCGUAGGCUUGUGUAGAAAAAAACGCGCUCCGUGCUGCCGUCUCGCCGGUGUGGAGGAGUGCGACACACUGCCAGUCAAAACAUCGCACUCUCAGCCCCCACCGAGCCAGAGUCCGUGGGCGACCAGAGCAGCUUCACCUUCACACCUUCCCUUUACUCAACAUGUUUUUAUUAUUGGCAUGGCGUGCGUGUGGGUGUGUGCGCAUUUGUAUUUCUGUGUGUGUGUGUGUGUGUGUGUCUGUGUGUGUGUGUUUUUGUGUGUGGGAGAGUGUGCGAGUGUGUGUGGUUGUGUUUCAGAAAAAACAACAUCUACUUUUAAGUCAACUGAACAGUAUUUUUUAGAAGGACUACGACAUAUAUACUGUCGAUAGGCCAAAUAUCUAAGAACAAAGUUGCGUUUUCCGGUGAAAAAGGGACUCUUCCUUGAGGGUAAAAACCCGACCAGUGUUUGGGUUGGCUGUGUGUUAACCAUAUCACACAUUCUGUGUAUAUAUGGGAUAGCCCAAUAUUUCUUUGGUUAGCUGUGUGUUAAACAUAUCACACUCUCUGUGUAUAAAGUGUAUGAGCUAGCCUGGCCUCCUUGCAAUGGGCGCCGCUAUGAUGGAAGAUGGACGUCAUUCUUGUCCUGUUUUCUUAAUGCCAAACCAAGCACUUCAAUCACACUGCAUAAGAUAUAUGUACAAGCACACUGUCAACAGAUCUAUGUAAUAAAGAUAAAUAAAGAU